ACUGCACACCUUUUUGUUUUUGUCUAUAUUCUGCAAGCCACGUCCACAAUCAGUCCCAACUCCUAAAGGCCUUAUCCGCAUUCAACGAACAGAUAGUGACCCUUGGGAAAUCGACGUUAGCAUGCUGUACAAGGAUAAACCAUGGAUCAACCCGUACGAAUCCCGGAAAUUCACGCCAACCUUACCGACCAAUCUGUCCAGCAUACACGACCCGACAACCUACGGCAUUAGCCGAGCGGGAUUCAACAUCGCCGGUUAUCGCACCACCAGCAACGACUAUGGCAAGUAUCCUCCCAGCAGGGCCAUGCUGCCCACCAGCGCCUAUCCGCGCAACAUGCACUUCACAAAACAUCACAUUCCCAAACCGGAAGAAGGCAGAAUGAACAUUUAAAUCCCACCGGAAAUGAUGCAACCACAACAGCUGGAAUUUGCCAGCAAAAAUGACGAGAAAACUGGCAAAAAUAAAAAUUUUCGUUCUCAGAUCACGACUGCUUUUUGACAUUAUCCCGUUCUUCCCACAACGUUUGCCCGCUACAACUACAGAUUUUCUUGGUAUUCUCCAUGAUCCCGGCUGAACGGGCGAUGAUCCCGCAGGCAAUCCUAUCCCAGACGACAAAUUGGCCGGCAUUAGUCAUGACGAACGAUGCGUCGUUGUGAAUGCGAUUAACGACAAAUUACGUUGCGGAUGAUUCUUACUUUGGCCCGGCAUUGCCAUCGAUCGGGGUCCGACCGUCGUCCUCGCGGGCGUGCACCACCAGACUGCGGCCAAUGACAUUCCAGAUGUUCAGUCGCCGGUUGACCAGGCGGAAGGCGGCCCGACCGCCGGCAUCCGCGUCAAUAUUCCCCAGAUCCCCGGCGUGCUGUAACAAAUGCGGUGAAGGUUUAAUGAGGCACGUUCCAUCCCGGUUAUCGGUCAAUUAUGGGCAUUACGAUACGCAAAUGACACAGUUUUUGCAGGAAAAGGCGUUGAUGGCCAACCACACAUAAGUCACUGUGUUACUUACAGCGUGCGGGCUGUCGGGGUAGCCAUGACAAGAUUCCUCCGGGUUAUAGUGAUCGCCAACACUGAAAACAUGACACAGGAACAAGUGCGUGCGGAAAUAUGUAUUAGCUAUACGAGUAUAAAACCAUACGCUCAGGCCUCCGGCUAAACCAUUAUGUUAUAGAUAUUGUACUAGUAACAGAUAUACAAUAAUUAUCAUAAUACAUGUAUGUUAAUGAUAUAUUCUAGAUGUGCGACUGUACGAGCAUCAGUUUAUAA